CUAGAACUGGGCUUGCACCACUUCCAAAAGUGGAAUUCUGCUGUUGCUGAGCGCACUCAUGAAACCACGAGGCACAACGCGGAACAACUGAAGUUGAACCGCAAGCAUCAAUUGAAGUUGAACUUGAAGAGAGACUCCAGUCUCCUUCCUCAUCUGAAGAUUGAAGUUGAAGAGAGGUUGUGAAGGAGCUUUGAAGUUUGAAGCUGAAGCCCUCCAACUGCAUUUGUUCCACUAAAAUGUUUGAGGCGCCACGGAUCAUUGUAUUUUGCGAGAUGCAGGACUGUCGAAUCACGUCAGUGUGGAGGCUCCUGGGUAACUUGUGAGUGGCACCCUUGCAUGCUGUGAUGGAGGGCAAUCGAAGAUGGGACGACCUGCUGCACGAAAGCACUCGGCUGGUAGCAGACGGCCCUGGGGUGGACACGCAGUUCCCAUCUCUCGAGAGGAACUUGGAUCAGCUAGAGCAGCUGUCACGGCAGCUGAAAGCAAGAGUGGCCCGUUAUGACAGCACGCGCGAGGAGACAGCAGCGACCAGGCUGCUGGCCCGGGAGGGCAUCGACGCUGACCGCCUGACGCAGGACCUGCGUUCGUUUGAGCUCAAGACCACGUUUGAGGAUGUGUUCCCGGUCGACGCCACCAGUGUGGAAGAGUACCUGCAACACGUGCAUGAGAUGACGGUCCUAGCCGCCAUUCAGGAAGCGCAGCAGGAGGGACUCAGCAGCUUCGAUGACUUCAUGUUUCAGGCGUCGCAGGCCGCCUGGAAGAAACAGAAGCAGGACUUCCUGCAGAGCCUGUCCCGAGCCCCCGCCAUUGCUCCCCUCCCGCCUACGUCCAGCGCAGCCCUGCUCUCUGACAGGCCGUAUGCAGACCCGGCCGCCGGGCGGCCUUCCGCAGGCGGGCCCCUUGCGCUGGCUGCAGUGGGGCCUUCCGGGGCCUGCGCGUCGCUGGCAGAGAAGGCGGCAGCCGCGUACGCCUCCGCAGUGCACCAGCUGAAUGUGGCGCGGGAUGGCGGGCAGGAGGUGCGCGCGGCGACCCUGUUCAAAGACGCAUUCCAGAAUGCCGCGGGGAACGAGCGGCACGGGCGCUCGGUGGACAUGCUGCGCAUCUGGCAGCUCGUGCAAUCCCUUUUGGGGGAGGACGGCGCCACGCCCCGCGGGCGCUCCUUGGGCGUGGCGGGCAUGCUGGCGGGGGCGCGGGCACACCUGGAGGCGGGCCAUGCGCAGUACCUGCUGGACGUCAUCCACAGCCACCCCGCACAGGCGGCGCUGGGCGGCUCCCCCGGGCGGCUGCCCCGCGUGCACGCCUUCCUGCGCGUGCGCCUGCGCGGCCAGGGCGACCUCGACUUUGACCGCCACGCCGCAGGAGCCCGCCCAGGCAUCGACACCACAUGGCAACAAAUCUACUUCUGUCUGCGCUCCGGCUUCUACGAGGAGGCCAAGACCGUGGCGCGCAGCUCACCCUUGAGCAAGGACUUUGCGCCCAAGCUGGAGGAGUGGGUGGAGCAGGGGGGCUGCGUCUCUGACGCAACGGCUGCCAGGCUCACGGAAGACUGCGCUCGAAUGGCCCGCGAGGUCGGCCGCCAAGGGCGGCCCGGGUACGACAAGCGGCAGAUGCUGGUGUACGCGCUGGUGGCGGGCAGCCGCGACGCGGCAGAGCGCCUGCUGCGGGACGUGCCGGUCCUCUUCAGCACCAUCGAGGACUUCAUGUGGUUCAAGCUGUCGCUGGUGCGCGAGGCGGGUGGCGCGGGCCCUGCGGCGGCGUCGCUGGCGGAGCUGCAGGCGUACCUGGCGCAGUACCCGCCGUCGUACUACACCAAGAACGGCAAGGAGCCGCUCGUCUACCCCUACGUCCUCGCGCUCAGCCUGCAGCUGUCGGAGGCGGUGCUGCACCUCUCCAAGGACCCCGCCACGCAGGCCUACCGCACCGACGCGCUGCACCUGGCCGUCGUGCUGGGCACACAGGGUGCGCUGGCUGCGGUGUCUGGUCCCCCGGCCCGCGCAGGCGGUCCUUCCGAUGCGGUGGCGGAGGUGGCGGCGCUGAUCCGCAGCUACGGGGGGCAGUAUCUGCAGCGGGGCCAGGCCGACGCCGCCCUCGAGUACUACGUCGCAGCCGCAGUCACCGCAGGGGGCGGUCGAGGGGCGGAGAUCCCGCAGGCGCGGGACCGGAUGCUGACGUCGUGCCUGCGCGAGCUGCUGCACACCCCCGCCGGGAUGAACCUGCUGCUGGGCAACUGGGGCGUGGGCCAGCGCGAGGGCGUGCUGCGGCGGCUGGUGCCGGAUGCCGGUGCGCAGCGCAAGCUGGUGCUCAGCGCAGCCCGGGACUGUCUCGACACCGCGCAGUACGACGAGGCUACGGAGCUGUUCAAGCGGGCGGAGGCGUUCGCAUCAGCCCUAGAGAUCGUGAAUCGGCGUCUAUCGGAGAGCAUGAGCCGGAGCGAGCAGGGGGGGGAUGCACGCGCGUCGAACUUGGCAGGACGCGGUGCCGAGAUCAUCGAGGCUGCGCGCGCGUUUGGCACGGGGGCGGGCCCCCAGGAACGCGACCAAUUUGCGCGGCAGGAGGCCGCCUUCAAGGACCUGGCCACGCUGCGCACCGUCAGCGCACUGGCCGCCGCAGGGCGGGCCGCCGAAGCCAUCCGGGAGCUGGCCUCGCUGCCGUACCUGCCCUUCGGCGACCGCUCCGUGGCCGACAGCGUCGAGGCCCUGCGCGGCGCGCCCCGCGGUGUGGAGGACAGGCUGCAGGACGCCCUGCGGCUGCUGCCGCCCCUGCUGGCCCGCCUCCCCGACACCGACGGCUCCGUGCGGCAGCUGCGCACCAAGCUCGCCAACUUCGUCGCCAACACCGGGGACCGCAACUGGGCACAAGCGACCAUCGACAGCAUAGCCGGGAUGCCGAGCCCGUUUGGGGCCGCCGGUCGAUGAAGUGCAGAGGUCGGCGGCUAAGCAGAAGCGGCACGAGCUGACCGGGGCUGGGAGGCGGGGUGAUUGACCAGGCAGGAAGGUCGCGUCAAGGACGCUCCCACCUCGGGCAUAAAAACGCCAGCCGCAGCUGCAGUGUAAAACUGCCGUGAAGGAAUGACUGAAGCGCCGCUUACCUGCAGCUGAGAGCAGGCUGUGCCGCCAGCCGAUGUGCUCCAAGUGAUUGUCCAAAUGCCGAUUUUGACAGGCACUACAGGGCGACCUGUGGCCAUCAUAGCCUAGGUCUACCUGUGGCUGCAUGGAAGUUCUGCCGCAUCUUGGAUGAUGGAGUCGCAGGCAUGUGUUGGCAAAGUUUUGCACAGCCACAUACUAGCAUACGUUGUACACCUUGUGUGUCUUAUCUUUACCGAGUAUUUUUAUGAGCAGA